AUAAAUCCCGGCCAGAUACUGGAGAUGUUAGUUUCAUUUCUCCGGAAUCGCUCUGCAUUUCCACUCCACACCCUCCCUAUAUAUAUAUGAGAACUGAGCUGAGAGGCACCAGAUAUCCCGAUCUCUUCUCCCCAGAACAGGACAAUGGAUGGAAGACUGUGAAUAACUUUCAACAUGUCAUCUUCUGAGGAAGUGUCACAGACUUUAAGCAGCCUGAAAGAGAAACUACUGCAAGUAUUUGAGGAAGAUGUGGAUGGUUUGUGUGAUGAGUUGGACUCCCUCCAUCUCCUAUCUCUGGAGGAAUACAUGGAUCUCCAGUAUGAUGAGGAUCCCGGAGUGAGAGCUGAAAAGAUGAUCGACAUUAUACUUCAGAAGGGGGAACCAGCCUCAGAAAAAUUCCUAUAUCAUCUGGAAAAUAUCAUUUCAAGGUUUCCUAGCCUGUCCAGGUUGCCUCAAUUCCUCCAGGAAGGCAAGAAGAAAAAAUUUCAGGAACUUUUGCAACAACUUGGUAUAAAACACCACCUGACUUCAAAAGUGACCUUGAGCGAUAUCCUAUGUAUCGGGUCAGAAAAUCUCAGUUUAGAUGAGCCGUGCAGUAUGAAGGACAUUCCAUGGCACUUCCUGAAGAACCUCAUGGCUUUGAACAGGACCUCACGAAACACCCAACUCAACAAGGAUAAGAAUAAUCAAGAAUCAAAUGAUGACAAUGUUUUUGAUGUGUUUAAAGCUGAACAUGAUACAGCAAGUGUCAUUCACCCCCUGGAUGUCCUGUGUGCAGUAUUGCAUUGUUCAGACAGCUUUCUGCAACAAGAGAUUGUAACCAAAUUGUCCAUGUGCCAGUUUGCCGUCCCUUUGCUGCUCCCUACAGGUGAUGGGUCACAAUGCAACUUUCUGCUCUGGGCAAUGAGAGAUAUCGUGAAGAAGUGGAGACCUCAGUCACUAUCAGAAAGUAAAGGGUUCAGAGAAGGAAAUGUUGUUAAUACCAUAAUGCCAAUCUUCUCUUUUGUCAGAUUAGGGGAAAAUAAAUUGUCCAAAUCUAAAACCCUAAACUACAUUCUAAAUCCAGCUCAACAAUAUCACAACUUUUUCAUUCACCAUGAUAUGGAGGGAGGAAACAUUGAGAGGAAAAUAUCUGAUGGACUGGUGGAAAUGUCCUGGUAUUUCCCUUGUGGAAACUCUGAUAUUUUCCCAGAGCCCAUCGCAGUGACCAACUUACGAGGAGACCUGGAGACCAACUGGGACCAGUUCACGUUUCUGACACGAGUAUCAUCAAUAGUGUUUAUAUUCAUUGAGAGUAUUUCUGAGAGUCAGUACAAACUGUUAUCAACCUGUGAUAACACCGACACCCAGUAUUAUUUUAUUGUUACUCCAGGUUCAGGCAAGGAUAUUGGCCAAGAAACGCAGUGCUUUUUGAAAUGCCUAAUGGAACCAUUAAAAUUUUGUAAAAAGCAAAUUAUAGUCAAAGUGAACAAUUCAAAUGAUGCCACAUUUGUAAAGAAGAUACAGAACAUCCUUGAAAGCUUAUUAAGUGAAGGACUCCAACAACUGGCAAUAGAGAGUAUGAAGAAUAAAACACAUGGACUUCAGAUUGAUGUCGAUGAGAACUUUCCCGCAUGUCAGAAAGCAAGAGCAUAUGCAUGUAACAUUACCUCUGUAAUAAGAGAUGUGGAAAUAUAUAAGAAAGAAGUGCUGAAACUCCAAGGAGAUCUUUGGAAACAACUGUCCAAAGUAGAAAAGGAGCUUUGUAGAAUGACCAACCAAGGUGAGAAAAAUGCCCAACAAUAUCAAGAUGAACUUAAAAGGCAACGUGUUUUACUGCAAAAGGAGCAACACCAACAUGCUUUGCCUGAUGCUAUAACGUUAUUUAUUAAUGCAAUUACUCAUCUAUCUCAGGCAGAAAAACAGUACUUUUUGAAAUGGAUGAAAAUAGAACUUGAUUUGAUUGCCAGGAGGAACCUGUCUGCUCUACAGGUGGAGUACAAAGAAAAAUGUAAUAGCAGGUCAGAUAAUCCAGAGGAAUUGAAGCAGGUAGACCAAAAAAUCGCAGACAGUUCUUUAGGAAUUGAACAUUUCCUACGUGAGUUGGGUCAGUUUUAUGAAGCUGAAUGUUCUAUGGUUAAAGAAGGAAUUAUUACAGCAGACAUAGCACAGUUUACUAGGCUUCCAGGGGUUGCUACUGACCUUCUCUUGGAUGGAUUUCCAUUAGAGUUGAUUGAUGGAGAUUCCUCUAACAUCCCUAUGAAAUGGAUAACUGAUGUGUUGACUGAGCUGGACAAUAGGGUAGGGCAAAAUGGUAAAAUUAGAAGUAAAUUAAGGGUAAUAACUGUGAUGGGAGUGCAGAGUACAGGAAAAUCCACACUUCUGAACACCAUGUUCGGUCUGCAGUUUCCGGUGGCCAGUGGAAGAUGUACACGAGGAGCCUUCAUGACUCUUUUAAAAGUAAAAGAAAACUUCCAGGAGGAGCUGGGCUGUCAGUUUAUUCUGGUAAUUGACACUGAAGGAUUGAAAGCUCCAGAGUUGGCCUCUUUGGAGGACAGUUAUGAACAUGACAAUGAACUGGCCACACUAGUGGUUGGGUUGAGUGAUAUCACCAUAGUCAAUAUGGCCAUGGAAAACACAACAGAAAUGAAGGAUAUUUUACAGAUUGUGGUCCAUGCUUUUCUUCGGAUGAAAGAAGUUGGAAAGAAACCCAACUGCCAAUUUGUACAUCAGAAUGUCAGUGAUGUGUCAGCUUAUGAAAAGAACAUGAGAGACAGGAUGAAACUUCUAGAACAAUUGGAUGAGAUGACAAAAGUGGCUGCAAAAAUGGAGAAGAAAGGUGGAAUUACAUCAUUCAAUGAUGUGCUGGACUACAAUCUGGAGAAACACAGCUGGUACAUUCCUGGUCUGUGGCAAGGGGUCCCCCCAAUGGCCCCUGUGAACUCUGGGUACAGUGAAAAUAUCCAUAAGCUAAAGCAGUAUUUAUUUGAGUUCAUGAAAACCCAUAAUGCAUCUUUCAAUAUUUCUGAAUUUAUCACAUGGAUAGAAAGUUUGUGGAGAGCGGUGAAACAUGAAAAGUUUAUCUUCAGUUUCCGCAACAGUCUGGUAGCUGAUGCUUAUAAUACGUUGUCUAUCCAGUUUUCACUAUGGGAAUGGGAAUUCUCCAAAAAAGUCUACAACUUUGUCAUCACCACUGAAAAUAAUAUAAAAAACCAGUCAGCUGAGAGUCUGGAUUCAGAAACUUGUGAAGAAUACAGGAGAGAACUUUGCCAGCUGGUGUCUGAGGAGGAAAACAAAAUGCUGGACUUAUUAGAAAAAUAUUAUAACAGUAAAUCUGAAAAUGUUCAUCUUGUAGAACGUUAUCGGGAAGAUUUUAGAAUGAGCGUACAGUUCCUAAGAAGAGAAUUAGAAAGAAACGCUCUGAUCAAAUGUAGUGUAACAGUUUAUAUCCAGAAAGGGAAGUGUGGGGUCCAAAACAUCCAGAAUCAAUACCAGAAGUUGAUAGAAGAGAAAAUUGGUUGUCUCCUGGAAAGUGGUAGAGAGAAAAAAGCUACGCUAAGUGAUGAGGAAAUAGAACAAGAAUUUGAGUCCAUGUGGGAGAAGACACUGGCAGAUUUACAAAUAAAGAAAUUAAAAAGACGUAAUGUUUAUCAAGCAAUUUUACAUCAGCUGAGGAAUGACCUGAGUAGAAGCGGUUCUGCUAUACAUGAACAAUUAAAGAAUGUAAAUCUAGAAAACGUUGGGCAAUUUGGAAUGUGUGAACAUCACAUUGAUUAUUCUUUCGGGAAACGUAUAAAAAACACUCUGGGUUUUCAAAAUAAGACACCUGAAAUGCUAGAAAAAUUUGCUUUCUCACUAAUAGAGAUGUGUAAAAAGUACAUGGAAGAAAAAGUUACAACUGCACAAGAUUACGAUAACACCCACUGCCAAGAGUUAUUACAAGUUAUCAACAAACAACUUGAAAGUAACUGUGACUUUCCAUAUACAAUAUAUUUUGAGCUAGAUAUAAAACUUACCAUUUGUGGAAAAGCGGCUCAAAUGUUUCAGAAGAUGCAUGAUGCAUUUAUUAAAAAUAAUGACCCAACAGCUUGUCUGGAGAACCUCAAACCUCAAUACCUUUCCACAUUUCUCAGUAUAUUUCAAGAGAAAGAUGAAAACCAGAACAGAGCCCGACAAUUCUGUGAGCGAUGUCUCAAACCAGCAAUUACUGAUUAUGUCUUCAAACAUCUUGGAGAAAAAAUGGUGGAUGAUAUCUUAAAUAGCUCCGACAGCAUUACCUUCAGUAGCAGAAGCUUUUUUCAGUGUAACAUACUAGAGGAAUUAUUGGAAGAAAUGUCAUUCCCAAAGUAUGUAAAAUAUAUUCAGUCAUGUAAGGGGUUCUCUAAAACCUGGAUAUUAGGUUAUAUCUCAAAAAAGUAUAACAGCCCAACAACUUUAGAAAAAUUAUAUCAAAAUAUUCUCUCCUCCAUAAAGGUGGAAAUUCAAACAGUGCUUGAAGAGAAGUGCUUGGAAAGCCAGAAUAUAUCAUCAUUUUUAGAAAAUGUGUGUGGGAAAUUACGAAGGAAACUGGUAAUACCACAGAAUGAGAUGAAAGUGAUCACUUUCUACAACACAGCUGUAGUUGAGCAGUUCUCAUCUGACGUUCAACACUUCCUCACAGAGACGGAACAACAAAUCCUAACAGAACUGAGAUCCUUGGAUAUUGAGUCUGUACUUUCCAAAGUGUUACUGAAACCUCAGGAUGAGUUGUGCAGGAAGGUGGUCGGAUGUGGAAAGCAGUGUCCAUUCUGUAAAGUCCCAUGUGAAGCUGGAGGUGGAGACCAUACGGAGCACUUUUCAUCUAUCCACAGACCUCAAGGGCUGGGAAGAUAUAGAUCGAACACUGAUGAAACUUUGACGAUUGACAUCUGUUCCACUGAUGUUGUAUCCCAAGGCAGUUUUAGUAAUUCAGACACAAAUCAAAAUUGGCAUCCAUACAAAGAGUAUCGUACAUAUUAUCCAGAUUGGGCCAUCCAGCCUGACCCCAGCAUUGAGUCCUCAGAUUACUGGAAAUACAUAUUUGUAAAGUUUAAUCAGAAAUUUGCAGAAGAAUACUGGGCAAAAUCAGCUGAACUUCCAAAAGACUGGAAGAAAAUCACUAAAGAACAAGCUCUUGGCAGCUUAAAGAAAGUGUUUAAUAUGAAUUAACGUAACAAUUGUCUGCAAUAUGCUUCACAAACUAAACAUAAGCCAAAAAAAAAAACUGUUCUACAUUAUAAAUGUUGUAGCAAAAUUGAUUUCUCAUCUCGGUAAAACCCCUCAGCUUCUUGUUUUACUGCUCAUAGCUACGUAACUUUGAUAAUUAAAGUGAAACUGUGCCUAACAUAUUGACAUUUAAGUAUUUACAUAUUCUUAACAAUCGCUAAAUCCGCUUUAAAACAAGCCCUUACUGACUUCUGGAGCUGCAGACACUGUGGAAUAGUUCAUCCAUAAAGUUCACAGCAGCAGAUGCUGUAGGCUAAAACUGACCACAACUCAACUUCAACUCAACUGCAGAGUCCCUGCAAUUAACUUUGAUGCUAAAUUAUUCCCCAGUGCCUGUAGCUACAGAGGUCAGUGAAGGAUAUAUAAUGCUCAUAUGCUGCUGGCUAAAGUGUAUAUAUUCCUGGAAACUUUACUUAAAAUUUUGUUUAGAGAAAUGAAGGGUUGAAACCUUUGUCAAGUUUGUAUUGCUGUCUGUGUCCCCAUUGGGGAGUUCCACUUUUCUUUUUAUCCAGGUGAAUGAUGGCCAUUGUCACCCAGACAGAAAGUAGGAAAUCCAAAACUUUACAUUUUGUCACCAUAUUAAAAGAUGAGGGGCCAGAUUCUCAGAAGAGUUACGCCGGAGUAUCU